UCACUUAUUUAUAGGUGGGUGGCAUGGAAGCUGGUGAAGAACAAAGACGACGACGAAGUUUCUUGCUUGUAUCUUCGUUUUCUAUAAUAACUAAUCAAAUUAAUUAAAUGAAGCGAACACUCUUACUCGCUCUCAUACUCUUCACGGCAGCUACCGCGGUCGCUGCCGUCGCUGAAACAGAUAACAACCUCACCUCCCGUCAGCCAUUAUUGUCAACUGCCGUCGACGAAUCCGAUCUACUCCCGCCGGAUGCCGCUCUUUCCGACUCCGACGGCGGGUUUCCUUCAAUGGAUAGCAUGUUACACUGGGCAAUAAGUCAUUCUGAUCCUGAAAAGUUGAAGGAAUCAGCACAAUCUCAUCAAAAGUUAUCACCGAGUGAACUUCAGAAGCGUCAAUUAGAAAUCAAAGAAAUAAUGGAGAAAACAAAAAUGUUAUCUGAUGCUGAAUUGAUGAAAAUUGCUAUAAAAGACUUGAACAAUGCGUCUACUUCUUUGGAAGAUAGAUACAGAGCUUUGUUGGAGCUUCUUGAGCUUGUUGAACCAUUAGAUAAUGCAAAUGAUUUAAACAAACUUGGUGGGCUUCAUGCGGUUACACAAGAACUUAAACAUUAUGAUUCGGGUAUUAGAGCGACUGCUGCAUGGGUUCUUGGAAAAGCUAGUCAGAACAAUCCAACUUUUCAGCAACAGGUCUUGGAACUCGGUGUACUCUCAAGGCUGAUAGCUAUGGUAAAAUCUAGUUCCAUAGAAGAAGGCAUUAAAGCAUUAUAUGCUGUUUCAGCUUUGACUCGGAAUAAUUUAGCCAAUCAGGAAUUGUUCUAUGCUGAAGGUGGAGGUUUGAUGCUUCAGGAUAUUUUGAGGAAUGCAAGUAUUGAUAUCAAACUUCGGAGGAAGGCCGUGCUUCUGUUGACUGAUUUAGCAGAUUAUCAAUUAGAAAAUGUUAAUAAAGAUGAACCACCAUUUUUCAACAACCAGGAUCUGUUGAAGUCUGUGGUUGAUUUAACUGCUUCAACCGACCUUGAUCUCCAGGAAAAGGCACUUGUCGCGAUUAAGAGUCUCUUGCAACUAAGGACCACUAAAGCUCGAGUUUUUAGGGACUUGUGUGCUUUAGGUGAUGCACUUAAUAGAACGAAAGAAUUGUUGCAUGAUUUGAUGGCGGAUGAGGAUCAGAGAGACUAUGUAAUGGACGUGGAAAAUGUUCGUAUUGAAGUGGAAAGCAUUUACCAUAGAAAGCUGGAAAACCAGUGAUAUGUGAUCAGGAGUUGACAUCCUUAGAUUAUGGUGUCUUAGAUUACGGUGUUGACCCUGUAUCAUCAUCUAGAUUUUAUAGGAUACGUUUCUCACAAUUUUGAUGGUGUUAUUGACAUUUGAGAACCAACAUUUGGGGUAUUAAUACCAAUUAAUUUUAUAGUUGUACAGUUAAUACAGUCUAUUUUUCUUUUUGGUGAUUUCUGAUUUAAAUGAUAUUUUGACGCUAGAUUUAAUUGUUUUUUAUUUGGGUUAAAUGUAUUUGAUCUUUUAAAA